GAGAGGACAGAUACCGGUAUGACCUACACACGGACCUACAAAAGCGCCAGCAUUCUACUGUUUGCAGCUCAUGCCUCCUGAGGCUCUGGCACCUGAACAGAGAGUUCUUGUGAAAGGCGUCAAUUUCUGAGCAGCUUCCCGUGACUGCCGUGAGGAUGGAAGCGACGUGCCUGAGAAACGUAUCCCGGGGCUCUGCAGCAGCGGCUUCUUUGAUUGGCCCAAGAGAGGCCCAGAAUCUUGCUACUACAGGCAAUCUGCAGGUUGCAAACCACAGCCGACCAGAUAGCCUGCAGAGGAGGAAGCAAGCUGCCUCAGCUGCUGCAGCACUUUCAGCAUUGCCUGAUAAAAGACAGGGGUACUGUCCUGCUUGCAAAAGCUUGAAAGUAGCAGGCUUCAAGUUGCUGGUGGUGCGGAGAAAUGAAAGAGCGUUGUCCACAGCUGCUGCCUCCCAGGGUGGGGAAUCUGACAGACAAGCAAUAGGAGCAGGUCAUGGUGAUAAGGUGUCAACAAGCAGUGUGAGGGAGGAGAAUGAAGGUGGCGCAGUUGCACCCCAGCUUGAGCCCCUUCCUCUCAACGGAGUUGACCAACGUGCAAGAACUCUUCUUACUGGCGCUCCUAGGAUCAUAUCAAGCAUAGAUGAGCUGAUCUUGCUGCAAAAAGAGGCUGCCGGGGGGGCUGCUGCUGAAGUGCGGUCUUUGGAACAAACAUCUGCCUUAGAAGAAACCUCCCCUGCUGAAAGAAGGGGGAAUGCAGACGCUUCAGUUAGCAGCCAGCCACGAAGACAAGCAAACAAGACAUGGAUAAGAGACUCUACAGGGACGAUGCGUCGAGCUGUCCAGCCAGCCAAACCCUCCACUUCUCAAGGUAGCCCCAGCAAGCCGCUCUCCCCCAGCAGGAUGAAGCUUCCCCGACACGGAGCCCCUCGAGCUGCCGCGGUCAUGCGAAUCCUGUAUGAGGCACGGGACUUGACGACUGAUGGAGUUCUUGACCAGUUGGCGGAAGCGGUGCAAAGGGCAGAGCUGAACAUGAUCAUAAAGGAUCUUGGCGUCAGGGGCCGGACAAACAAGGCAUUCGAGGUCUACCACUGGAUGCUUCAGCAAGGCAACGAGCGGCGUGCGCCAGACGAGAUCACGUUCAACAGCAUUAUCACCGUCCUUAGCAAACACGGGCAGGUGGAGAAGGCCCAGCACGUCUUUGAGAUGAUGGACAUGGUGGCUUGCCGACGGAACGUGUUCCACUACAACGCUCUCCUCAGCGGCUAUGCGAAACUGGGCCUUGCCACAGACGCCCUGGCCCUAUUUGAGCGGAUGAAAGUGGAGGGCAUCGACCCCGACGGCAGUUCGUACAAUAUCCUGAUCAACGCGUGCGGCCGAGGGAAGCAGCUGACGCGGGCCCUAGCGCUCUUUGAGGAGAUGGUGGGCAAGGGACUGCAAGCCACGCACAUCACGUACACCUCGCUGGUUGGCGCGUGCGGGAGGGAUAACAGGCCCUUCCAGGCGCUGCGUAUCUUCCAAGAGGCCAUUUCCGGCGGAGUUCCGCCGGACCAGCCCAUGUUCAACGCCCUCCUAGACGCGCUGGGGCGAGGCAGCUUGUUCGACGAGAUGGCCGAUGUGCGCAGCCAAAUGGCGGAACGGGGCUUCGCACCGUCGCUGGAUGCUUAUCGGUCCAUGUUGGCAAGCUAUAAACAAGGGGAGCGAUACCUCGAGGCCAAAGCAGUCCUCGACGAGAUGCGGAAGGCGGGAUACGAUCCAGGUCCCGUAAGACUGCCGAUAUAGACGCAACGCUAAAGAGAACGGUCGAUUAAGUUACCUCUGGCCCUUUGGCCCUUUGUCUAAUUGCAAGCUAAAGAAGGUCAUCAUACAGCUACAAACCACUUCAUCGUGUUUGAAGGUAUUUAAGAAGCUUAAAGAUCUGGUAAACGUGCUCGUCUGGAGACCACGCAGUUUGUGCUGCGGCACUCUAAGCGACAGAUAAUGGACGCCCUCAUCAAUGACGUUUGGCGUGGACGAAACACAUGCAAUGCGUAACGUGAUCA